GGUACCCAAACAGAUUUUGGGCUGGACCUGGAAAAAUAGACAGAGUCUAGUUGGACUGUCGUAGUCGUGGAUAGCUAAACAGAGUAACAUACUCCAUUGAAUGAAAACUGCAUGUUUUUUUUUUUCGAGUGCUAUUUUACUGAAAAGUGAUCUCGAAACACACGGCCAGAAACAGAUAAAUAAAAGAAGGAGGUGGGAGAGUGUGAAAGAGGUGUGUGCGUGUCUGCCUGUGUACGUGUGUUUGCGCGCAAGUGUGAGGAGGAGAAACAGAGUGACGUUUGCAAAGUUUGUGCCUUCGUUUCGGUAUCUCUGUCUAAAUGUUGUGUGUGAAACAAGAGCAAAAAACCAACUUAAUGGAAGAGGCAUCUGUAGUUUGGAGUUAAUUCGUCUGCCGAUUCCCAUGGCACUUGCAGGCAGAAUUUCCGAUUCCUAGAUUUGUGUCUGCUGCUGCUUGCGGGCUGUUAACGGAGCGACGGUGACAGCGAUAACAACAAAAGAAGAACAGGCAACCACCCUUCUCCAUCCCGCUCGAGAAUUCAUUCACAUUAGUGAAAAUUAUCAAAAGGGGAAGCGAGAAGGAAAGUAAGAGGCGUCUGAGCAUCGCAAACAGAAGAAUUCGAGCAUCAUGUGUCGUUGCUGUUAGAUCAAAGGAUCAGGAAUCCCUGCUGAAAGAUCACACACACACUCAGAAAUACAACUCUCUGUCUCUCUCUUUCUCUCUGUGCCUGUCUGUGUGCCAGCUUUGACUACGCUACUAUCAGGUCGCUAUCGCCAUUGCCGUUGCCGUCAGCGUCGCUAUGACCCUGACAGCCACGACAAUUGCCGCAACACAGGAGAGCCAAACGAAGAUGGACGUGAAGGUCACUGGGAGCAACAGUAACACUCAACCUCCCACAGCCGAUGAGAAUUUGCCCACCUCUGAAAUGGAUUUGUUGGCCAAACUGGAGGCAGCAAACAAGCUCAUCGAGAGCGAUGCCAAGUCACUCAAUUCACUGCACUCUACGCACAGUCGCAAGAAUUCCGACACGAGUCAGAUUAGUCUCACAUCGAGCGGCAAUUCCGUGGCUGAGGAGGACAUCUGGACAACAUGGGCCACCAUUCUGAACGACUGGGAAGGGGCACUGAAGCGCAAAAAUCCGUGUGUGCGCGAGCUGGUGCGUCGCGGCAUACCGCACCAUUUUCGGGCGAUUGUGUGGCAACAGUUGAGCACAGCGGCGGAGGCGGACAAGAAACAGUAUGCGGAGUACAUCAAGGCGACGAGCGCCUGCGAGAAGGUGAUACGCCGCGACAUUGCGCGCACCUACCCGGAGGUGGACUUCUUCAAGGAGAAGGACGGGCCCGGCCAGGAGGCACUGUUCAAUGUGAUCAAGGCGUAUUCGCUGCACGAUCGCGAGGUGGGCUAUUGCCAGGGCUCCGGUUUCAUUGUGGGCCUGCUGCUGAUGCAAAUGCCCGAGGAGGAGGCGUUCGCGGUGCUCGUGCAAAUAAUGCAACAGCAUCGCAUGCGGCACAUGUUCAAGCCAUCGAUGUCCGAACUGGGUCUGUGCAUGUACCAGCUGGAGAAUCUCGUGCAGGAGCAGAUACCCGACAUGCACAUACACUUCCAGCAGCAGGGCUUCCAGACAACGAUGUACGCAUCUAGUUGGUUCCUCACCCUCUACACGACCACGCUGAAUGUGAACCUCAGCUGCCGCAUCAUGGACGUCUUCCUCAGCGAGGGCAUGGAGUUUAUCUUUAAGGUGGCACUGGCCCUGCUCCUCACCGGCAAGGAGACGCUCCUCUGCCUGGACAUGGAGGCCAUGCUGAAGUUCUUCCAGAAGGAGCUGCCCGGACGUGUGGAGGCCGAUCCGGAGGGUUUCUUCAAUCUCGCCUAUGCCCAGAAGCUGAAUACAAAGCGCAUGAAAAAAAUGGAGAAAGAGUAUCAAGACUUGAAGAAAAAGGAGCAGGAGGAAAUGGUGGAAUUGCGUCGGCUGCGUCGCGAGAAUUGUCUGCUCAAGCAGCGAAAUGAUUUGCUUGAGGCGGAGAGUGCAGAGCUGGCCGAUCGCCUGGUGCGAGGUCAGGUCUCACGUGCCGAAGAGGAGGAAACAAGCUAUGCCAUUCAAACGGAACUGAUGCAGCUUAGACGUUCCUAUCUGGAAGUCUCCCAUCAGCUAGAGAAUGCCAAUGAGGAGGUUCGUGGUCUCAGUCUACGGCUGCAGGAGAAUAAUGUAUCCAUCGAAAGCAACAACUCGCGCCAGUCGUCCAUCGAUGAGCUGUGCAUGAAGGAGGAGGCACUGAAGCAGCGCGACGAGAUGGUUUCCUGUUUGCUGGAAGAGCUAGUGAAGGUGCGUCAGGGUCUGGCCGAGAGCGAGGAUCAGAUCAGGAAUCUUAAGACAAAGGUCGAGGAGCUGGAGGAGGACAAGAAGACACUGCGCGAGACAACGCCGGACAACUCGGUGGCGCAUCUGCAGGACGAACUGAUUGCCAGCAAGUUGCGCGAGGCGGAGGCCUCACUCUCCCUCAAGGAUCUCAAGCAGCGGGUGCAGGAACUCAGCUCUCAGUGGCAGCGCCAGCUGGCCGAGAAUCAGCGCAGCGAGAGUGAAAGGAACACCCAAGCGCUGGACUCGACGCCCAAGAAGCUGUUGACCAAUUUCUUUGAGGGCUCCAAGUCCAGCGAGUUAACCCAAAAGCUCGAGGAGGAGCUGAUGACCACACGUAUACGAGAGAUGGAGACACUCACCGAGCUGAAGGAGCUGCGCCUCAAGGUCAUGGAGUUGGAGACCCAAGUGCAGGUAUCCACCAACCAGCUGCGACGCCAGGACGAGGAGCAAAAGAAGCUCAAAGAAGAGCUCGAGAUGGCCGUUACCCGGGAGAAGGAUAUGGCCAAUAAGGCGCGAGAACAGCAGCACAGAUACUCGGAUCUGGAAUCUCGUAUGAAGGAUGAACUGAUGAAUGUGAAGAUCAAAUUCACGGAACAGAGCCAAACGGUGGCCGAACUGAAACAGGAAAUAUCCCGACUGGAGACCAAGAACUCGGAAAUGCUGGCUGAAGGCGAACUGCGUGCCAAUUUGGAUGAAUCGGAUAAGGUGCGCGACCUGCAGGACAGACUGGCCGACAUAAAGGCGGAGUUGACGGCGCUGAAGAGUCGCGGAAAAUUGCCGGGUACAAAGCUGCGCAGUGCAUCCAUUCAGUCGAUUGAAUCGACUGAGAUGGACUUCAGCGAACUCAACAUGAUGCGGCGCGGUAGCACAGAGUUGUCGACAUAACCAACAAAAAGAAGCAACAAAUCAGGAAAUCACCGAAACAACAUAGGGAGAGACAUAGGGAUAGAUAGAGAGAGAGAGAGAGAGAGAGAGAGUAUUUGUAUUUUAAAUUCUAUUACUGUUAUGUUUUACAAUCCACAAACCCACUUACACUCAUUUUUAUUUAUUAAAACUCCCAAUCAACCCGAUUUAUUUUAUAUGUAACCAUUUUGUACAUUGAUUCAGAAAAAACGAGGUGGGAGAUUAUCUUCUAGAUAUGCCAGCAAUUUUAUGUAACCCCCCCAUCUCCAUUCCUAACUAAUCAUACACCAAAAAAACGUACAGUUUUAAUGUAAUUUUUAAGCGAGACUAGGUCAAGAUUUUCUAAUAUGUUUACGCAAACUGUCACAGCACAAUUUAAUUUGUGUGUGUAUUUUUAUGAUUUUAUAAAUAUAUAGAGUGAAUUUGGUAACUCCGUGUAGUAACUCCCCAUAUAAAUCUAACAUUUAUAUCUUAAACAAACAUAAUACAGAAUACCUACAAAUAAUGUACAACCAAGUGCGAAAGACAUAGUAACAAGCGUUGCCAAAUGCAGAAUCAAAUACAAGAGAACAACUAAACCCGAAACUUUUGAAAAUAGCGGAAAAAAACACACACACAUAAGCUAUGUGAACAGAGACGGGUGGCGCCCAAGUACCAGUUCCCCAAGUCAACCACUUUCUUCAAAAAUCCAUACUCGAAAAAAACAAUAAUAACAGUACCGAUAUAUACAAUUCUUACGAUAUUCUUACGAUAACAUUCGAGUUAGCCAACAUUAUAGAUAUAGUUCCUUGUUACACUUAAACAUUUUUAAACCCAUUCGGCAGCUUGUACAAUGCAAACAAAAAGCAAAGAAGAAAAACAGUGAACAAUCGAGUAAUCGAUAAGAAAGAUAUUAAUCGAUAAGCGAUAAGAAGCGAGCAAUCGAGAAUGAUUGAUAGAUAACAUAUAUUUGAUAGGAAGGUGGUUAAUCGAGAAACAAGGCAAGCCUUGUUCCCUUAAGCCUAUUAUUAACGAAACAUAAAACAAGCUAUGAAUAUAUAAGCAACUAGUCGUAUAUGUAACGAUUAGCCGAUUAGUAUUGUCAAAAUUUAAUUGAAUAAACAACGUGACGAAAUGAAGAAAUAGCUGCUAAGUAAACGAGCAAAGACAAGUAGCGAUUACUCGAUAGGCUAGUUAUCAAUAAAUAUUUACAAACUAUCAAUUAUAAACAUUAAUUCUACAAUCUUUUUGUAAGAUUUCUAGCGAUUGCUCGCACGCAAUGAUUCAGGUUGAGUGUUUUUAUCCAAUAUGUGCAAUACUUAGGUAAUUUUUAUUUGCAAGGCAUUUUUCUAACUAAAUAUAUAUUUCUUGUAUACAUUUUUAGGUUUGUUACUUAUACGAAGUUACACUUAAUUUGUAUAAUUCAAGUAAGGAUUGAUUGCAUUUGCCCCGCAUGACAAACACGAGCUGCAUAAAUGCGACGGAUAAGUGAAAUACGUGAAAACGUGUCACAAAACUUUGUUAUACUAAUACCAUAAUCAUUUAAGUACGAUUACCACAUUAUAAUGCUGUGUAUGUAUGUAUGUUUGUAGUGUUUUUUUUCUUUCGUUCCCGACUUUUGGUGAACUUUUAGAUUUUUUUGUUCUUAGACAAAAUAAUUAUGUACUCAAAUAUAUUUUAUUCUAUGUAUAAUAUUUCUGCGGCCCACCCAGGCCAAGCGCAACCUAGACUUAACUGUGUAUUUAUGUUAUGGCAAGCGAUGGCACAAAUUAUUAUCUACAAUAUCUAUGUUAGUUGCUACAUGUGUAUAUAUGUACAUAUAUAUUAUGGACAGACUUGCAGUUGGAUUUGUUCCACAGCGCACAUCAUCUGGCUUAAGUUAUCUGAUUGAUCACAAACACUUCUCUACAGAUACAGAUAGCCUGGUCAAUGGGUUAAAUGCUUUAGAGUGCGAAUUGCCUAAUCAAACAAUUGACCCACACUUAACUGAGACUCAUGAUUGGAUUUCAUUUGUAUACGCUUUUUCCACCUGUGCUUGUCUGUCUGUCUGGCGCUUGUCUGAUGUUUGAUUGGAUAAAUGUUUCAAGCCUUUUGAAGCUUAUAAAUUUCGACUGCCUGUGGCAACUGGCCAAUGACUCCUGGAACCAGAUUCUGCCUGUUGAACUUGUCCCUGUAGGAGCUCUAGGAACGCCAAGCGGCAAUGCCGUAAAUAUUUUGGUGGUCCAGGAAUGUUCAAAGAAGGGAAGAUUUACCCUGAGGCGGAGAAACUGUUCCGGAAUUUGCCGAAAUAGAGUGAGGGCUUUUGGGUAUUUGUGUGAUGUUAGGUCCCUAUUAUGUCUCGUAUUAGCGCGCAAUUCUUUUGUCUUUUAUAAUUGUGAGAAUAAACACCUGUUGGAUAUAUGUUAUUGAUCAGUACGUGAGUGAUGUAUUAGAAAUACAAUCUCAUAAAAAAGGGAUAUGUAAGCUGCUUCAUGUCGAUUUUAAAAACAGACCUACCAAAAAAAAUAAUUAUUUCGUAUCGAGAAGUUCAUGUGUGAAGCAGUGCGCCGGUACUGAAGUCUCUGGUGGGUGGAUAGCAAAGCAAAGCGAAAGUGGGAGUAUAAAAAAGAUUUCUUUGGGAAAAGUGAAACAAAUAAUAUUGGAAAAAGGAAAAACAAAUAAAACGUGGAGGAACGUUGGGCGAUGCUACGGAACGCGACAAAACUUUUAUACACGGUACUCAAGCAGUAUAUACAGUUGGGAGCAAUGAUGAGUACAUGUUCACAAUAACUGACUUUCGUCGCCCAUAACUUCUAAACGCAUAAUGCAAACGUAACCAAUUUUUUUGUAGAUAUCAAUCACUUUAUCCUUA